AUGUACUGUGUCAAGUGUCUUUGCAGCUAUGGUUUAACUGCUUCUCUUGUGUGUGCAUAUUACUUGUAUGAUGAAGGGUCUAUAAUAGUUUUUACUGAGGGUUUUGUGUGGAUUUUUUUUCCCUCCAGAGCCCAUCUCGGUCUGAAAAGCCACAUUAUUCCAUGCUUGGAAACUUUAAGGAGUUUUCAAGGUUAUUGCAUAAUGCUGCAGGCUUGCAGCUCUGUGGUUGGAUAGAGUUUCUAGUUCUACCCUGCUAUGGUGGUACCUAGCACACACCUAGACAAUCUGUUUUCAGUUGUGAACAGAUCAGUUCCAGAUGUCUGUGCAACUUGCCACAUUCAUGCUACAUGUCAUCAAAUUGAAGGAAAAAGUGUCUGCAUCUGUAACUAUGGAUUUGUAGGCAACGGAAGAACUCAUUGUCAAGAUAAAGAUGAAUGCCAGAUUGGAGCCAGCAAGAUCUGUGGAAAUCAUACACUGUGUCAUAAUACACACGGUAGUUUUUACUGUGUUUGCCUUGAUGGAUACCGAGCCUCCAACAACAACAAGACAUUUAUUCCCAAUGAUGGCACGAACUGUACAGAUAUAGAUGAAUGUGAGGAGUCUGGGCUGUGUGGUCGCAAUGCAAGAUGCAUGAAUACUGAAGGAAGCUACAAGUGUUACUGCAGUGAUGGUUAUAAAUUAGAAAAUGGAGAGCGUUCUUUUCAACCAGAUGGGAACAUAGUUUCAUGCAAAGAAAUUGCAUGUAGUUCCCCUCCUGAAAUGAAGCGUGGCUACAUUAUGGGGAACUACAGCUUGCUACCAGGAAGUGUGGUUCAUUAUGAAUGUAAAGAAGGGUUUUACAGCAACGAAGGGAAGUUCUCAUAUUGCACUGCAAAUGAAACUUGGGAACCUGCCAUUUUAAACUGUAAAGGAGAAAAGGGUGUGGAUUGCGGGGCUCCACCUUCUGUUUUAAAUGCACAUCCAGCAUCUGUAAGAGGGACCACGUACGGAAGUGAAGUUACUUACAAUUGUGUUCAUGGUUACUUCAUUGCAAGUGGCAAUCAGACUGCAGUCUGCAAUGCCGAAGGACAGUGGGAUGGCGCUGAUUUGGUGUGCAAAGAAAUAGACUGUGGCAAACCUUUGCAGAUUCCACACACAGAAAUGAUCUGGCACAACGCUACCACUCUAUGGAGCAGAGCGUACUAUCAGUGUAAAGAAGGAUAUUAUUUUAAUGGAGACAGGAAUUUUUCAGAGUGCACAAUAGAUCAGUCAUGGGAGAAUAUUACAUACAUAUGCAAAGAGGAGGAAUUAUUCAGUAAUUUGUCUGUAUUCAAUGAAACGUGUGUGAAGUGGCAAAGGAAAACUGGAAGACUGGGAAUGCAGGAAACGUACACAUUUCACAUACUGGGCCAAAGAUGGGAUGAGAAGACGUUCUCAGAAGAUGCAGUAUUUAACAUCACUACAAGUGAAGAUAAUCCAAAGGUGUGUUUAGAUCUCAACUCUGGCAGUAACUACGUGGUGAAUAUUACUACCAUCUCUUCCACAAACAUCACUGUCUCAGUUGCAGUAGCAGUUCAAACAAAGGUAAAGGAAGCUUUCAAUAAUGUAUUAAUUUUUAAUGAUACCUGCUUGAAAUGGCGGAGAAAUAUCAGGGGAAGUGAUGUGGAAGACAGAUACUCCUUUCAUGUGCAAGGCCAGCGUUGGUAUCAGAAGGAGUUCUUUCAUGAAAUGACCUUCAACCUUACCACACACAAGCAGGCUCCAGAAGUUUGUUUUGAUUUGCAGCCAGGCACCAAUUACUCUGUUAAUAUUUCCAUGGUAGCUUUGAAUUUUUCACUUCUCGUUUCCAUGACAACACAAAUCACAGAUCCCCCUUUCCCAGAUGUAGAAUUUGUUGCAGUAAAAGCUUCUGCACCCUUGCUCAGACUUCGGAAAGCAGAAGAUCGAAAUGGACCGAUCAGUCUUUAUCAAGUGAUUGUGCUUCCGCUGGGUUUGCAAAGCACUUUUAUUUGUGACUCCUUUGCUGCUGCAGCUUUCUUUAGUAACACCACUGAUGUUAAAGGAUAUGUGGCAGCUGAAUUUCGGGCGAAGGAUGUUGCUGAUAAUAUGUCAAUUGCUCUUGGAGACAGACAUUACUACGGAAAGUUUUAUAAUGCUCCUUUAAAGCUGGGAGAAGAGUAUUGUGUUUUUUUGAGAAUAAUAAGUGAGUGGAAUAAGGUGAGAACACAGUCCUGUGCUGUUUGGGCACAAAUUAAAAAUUUAUCACCCACUCUGCAAUAUAUGACUGCUGUUGGAUUUGGGUCAGUUGCUGCUGUCUGCCUUAUACUGUUCCUGUCGUUCUCAGCAGCACGCUCUUAUCUCCACAACACAGUGCACUCCACGCCUGCUGCUUUAGCCUGCGAGGCUGUACAUUUAUCUGCUACAAUGGACAUGGCACAAACAGGGAUUACAUCAUCAUUCCUAGAGACUGAAAACAUCUCUCUUCUCUGAUGUGUUAUCCCCUGAAGUCAGCAUAGAGAAAAUGCCAAAGCCAGCAUCUGUUGGGUAUGGACGUAUCUGCACAGCACAUAUGUACUAUAGCAUGGGCAGUUGAAAUGUGUUUGUUAUUGAAAGUGAGAUGUUUAUUGUCUCCCCUUGUUUCCAGAUGGUGUGGUAUGUAAAGGAGAACCUUCCCCCACAAACAGGUUUGUGUCAGAGACAUUAGCAUGCGUCCUGUGUGUUGGCCAUAGGCUUUCAGCUAUUCCAGCCACAUGAACGCCUGAUAAUGAGUGUCUGUAUUGGACUUUUAUUACAUGAAUAAUCCCCUGAUACAGUUGAGACUGUCUGAGGAUCAGCUGCUGCUUUAAAUACCCUAGGACACAUAAACUGGCCCAUUACGAGAGAAAAUACAGAUCAACCCUUAUAUCAGAUAAAGUGCCUGUUGUAUUUCCAAGUAUAAAGCUAGAAGACUUAUAUCAGUCACUUACGGGUAGCGGUACUUAAAUAGAAAGUACAGAGUUGUUAGCCAUGAAAUUGUCACACUUAAAUAGUGUCAGCAACAGAUGUGUUCCAGAGAUAUUGCAAUCAUUGCUCAUAGCAAUUAGCAAUAAUUGCAAAUAAUAUACCAAUCUAUAAAACUGCAGUUUGCCAAAAAGCUGAGUAGCUUUAAUGGCAUGUGAAACUAAUUUAAAUGAGGAGCUACCUGUGUUAAGUGCAGUUUUGUUAAUCUCUGUUCUGUAAUUACAGCUGAGGAAAGCCAUUAAAUCAUUGUCUGGUUAAUGAGCUGGUGUGUAACAUCUGGUUAGAGUCACUUAAUAAAGUACAAUUAACCAAUUUCCUAUGGCAUACUCCCAGUUAAUAUUUUUUCCUUCUGUAAGAAAGAAUCAAGUGCCUUUGAUUUCUUCCACUCCUGUUCAGAAGUUGCUUUGAGAUGUAUUAGCAAAAUCAUUCUGUUAACUGGUGAAAUAAAGAAGCAAGAGUU